AUAGAAAAGUUCUUAUCAUCCUGGUAUCUCAUCCAUUCACACUGGUUUCACGCUCACUUCCCUCUCGACCAGAAAUGGCGGUAACACACUACCUCCGCCCGUUGCCGCUGCUCAACUCCUCUCCAAUAUACGUCACACCUAAAAUUUUCUGUAAGAAGGCGAAAAAUGAAGCAGCAUUUGAAGAGAAGAAAUCGGUAUCCGUAGACUACGACACUGGCCAACAUCAUGUAUCCACUGAAGUGUCUGGAAUCAGGAAAUCCGACCUUCAAAAACGGUACCGUUUAAAAGUCGAAGGCGACAGGUUCCAGAAGGAUUGGAGUCUGUCCCAGGUCGUCGACAAAAUUCUCGAGCUCGAUCCAAAGAACGAUGACGUUGAAUAUCUUCUUAAUCAUUGGGUCGGCCGUUUCGCGCGAAAGAAUUUCCCUCGUCUUAUCAGAGAGUUAACGCAAAGGGGCUCAUUGGAGCACAGCAUUCUAGUAUUUUAUUGGAUGAAAAAACAAAAGAAUUACUGUGCUCGCGUUGAUAUGUACAAUAUGAUGAUCAGGCUGCUUGUUAGACAUAAUCGCAUUGAUCAGGCACGUGGUUUGUUCUUUGAGAUGCAAGAAUGGAGGUGUAAACCAGAUGCUGAAACUUACAAUGCUCUUAUCAAUGGACAUGGAAGAGCAGGUCAAUGGCGUUGGGCUAUGAAUAUAAUGGAAGACAUGUUACGCGAAGCUAUUCCCCCUUGUCGGUCAACAUAUAAUAACUUGAUCAAUGCUUGUGGCUCUAGUGGAAAUUGGAGAGAGGCUCUGAAAGUCUGCAAGAAAAUGACUGAAAAUGGAGUUGGUCCUGAUAUGGUGACUCAUAAUAUUGUUUUAUCUGCAUACAAAACUGGUGGUCAGCAUUCAAAAGCUUUGUCUUAUUUUGAAUUAAUGAAAGGAACAAAUAUUCGUCCUGAUACGACAACCCUUAACAUUGUGAUUUAUUGCUUAGUAAAGCUUGGUCAAUAUGAGAAAGCCAUUGAUAUUUUUAAUUCCAUGAGGGAGAAGAGAUCAGAGUGUCGCCCAGAUAUUGUAACAUUUACAAGCAUCAUCCACUUAUAUUCUGUGAGUGGGCAGAUUGGAAAUUGUAAGGCUUUGUUUGAUAGUAUGCUUGCAGAAGGUCUGAAGCCCAACAUCAUUUCCUAUAAUGCUUUGGUGGGAGCAUAUGCUUCCCAUGGAAUGAGUGAGGAGGCAUUGUCAACUUUUAACGAAAUAAAAGCAAGUGGAUUUCAACCAGAUAUCGUUUCUUAUACUUCAUUGCUUAGUUCUUACGGGAAAUCAAAACAACCUAAAAAGGCAAGGGGAGUAUUUGACAUGAUGAGGAGAGACAAGCUAAAGCCAAAUGUUGUUAGCUACAAUGCACUGAUUGAUACUUAUGGGUCUAAUGGUUUGUUAGCUGAAGCUGUGGGAGUGUUACGAGAAAUGGAGCAGUAUGGUGUUCACCCAAACAUUGUUUCCAUUUCUACUCUUUUGGCAGCAUGUGGCCGCUGUGGCCAGAAGGUGAAUAUUGAUGCUGUGCUUUCAGCAGCUAAAAUGAGAGGCAUCAAAUUGAACAGAGUUGCAUAUAAUUCAGCUAUUGGAAGCUAUAUGAAUGUGGGGGAAUAUGAAAAGGCUAUAGCUUUGUACGAAUCCAUGAGAAAAAAAAAGGUGAUGCCAGAUUCUGUUACUUACACUGUCUUGAUAAGUGGUUGCUGCAAGAUGUCAAAAUAUGGCGAGGCACUUGAGUUUUUUGAAGACAUGAAAGAUCUGAAAAUUCCUUUGACCAAGCAGGUUUACUCAACUGUUAUAUGUGCCUACAGUAAGCAGGGCCAAGUCACAGAAGCUGAAUCUAUUUUCAGCAUGAUGAAGAUGGCUGGUUGUCCUCCUGACAUAAUUACAUAUACCACAAUAUUACAUGCUUACAAUGCUGCAGAAUGCUGGGAAAAAGCUUGUACUCUACUUCAAGAAAUGGAAGAAUAUGAUAUCCAGCUAGAUACAGUUGCAUGCUCUGCUCUGAUGAGAGCAUUCAAUAAAGGAGGCAAGCCAAUGCAGGUUCUUGUUCUGGCGGAUUUCAUGAAAGAGAAAGAAAUUCCCUUCAGUGAUGCUAUAUUCUUUGAAAUGGUUUCAGCCUGUAGCCUAUUACGAGAUUGGAGGAAAACGAUUGAGUUGAUGAAAUUGAUGGAGCCUUCAUUCUCUGUAAUUUCUAUUGGAAUUUUGAAUCAACUUCUUCAUCUUCUUGGAAAGAGUGGAAAGGUUGAGUCUAUGAUGAAGUUGUUUUACAAGAUUACAGUGUCAAGUGCUGCAAUCAACUUGAACACUUAUUCAAUCUUGUUGAAGAAUCUUUUGGCUGUUGGAAAUUGGAGAAAAUAUUUUGAGGUAUUGGAAUGGAUGGAGGAUGCAGGAAUGCAACCUUCAAGUGAAAUGCAUGAAGAUAUAUUAUCUUAUGUGCAAAAAAGUGGUGGAGCUGAAUACGCCGCUACCAUGCAGGAAAAAAUUGGCUCCUGUAAUGACACUAUGCAUCUUUCCAGAAUCAUUGAGAAGAAAAUAUGGGAAUCAAAUUUUAUCUACCCAAGUGUGAAGAUUCUUGCUUUUCUAGCUUCAUACCGGUCAAGUGGGACGGCAUUACAGAAGCAACAACUUGCAUGAGUUGCUCGUGCCACUCAAUUUGAGGCAAUAUCACGAUUGCCUUUCUUUAAUACGGGCAAUAUUAGAGCUCAGGUAUGCCACAUUUCAUAUAUGUAAAUCAGCUACCGCCGUAGAUUUUCCUGUUGAAAGUUGAUGCUGCUGGGGGAAGAUAUCAGGCAUAAUGGAGAUAUGCAGAGAGUUUGUUUGACUUGGCAGGCAGAGAUAAAUAGGCUCUAGGAACGCUUCAUGGUUGGAAAAACAGUGUCAUGGAAGUGAGUGUUUUUUUUUUUUUUUUUUUGGAUAGAA